AUGGCAAUUCGCAAUUCAGAAGAAAAGCUGCCGAUUUCCUUGAAGAAUCUCGACUUGAAUACGAAUCGUGCACCAAAGAAUAAGAUUCUUGUUUCAGCGUAUCUAUCUUCCUCACGAAUGUCUGCAUUGAAAACAGGACCUCCAUCUCUUGUAAGCUUAUGUCUUGGUGUUGUUGGGAGGCAUUUGGAGGAACUUAUUCCUUGUUUACCUGAUAUCUCUGUCGUUUUUCCUGCCGACAUUAAGAUGUCGAUUGUAGCCAUUGCUAAAAGAAGAAAGCUACUGGAUGAUGAUUUGAUUGUCUCUCUGGCUGACAGUUCCUGGGAAAUUCUAGAUAUUAGCGGUUCAGAUGUUUCGGAUUCUGGCUUAGCUAAAGUGGCGGAAAUGUGCAAAUCUCUCCGGGCUGUGGACAUUAGCCGGUGCAAUAAAAUCACAUCCAUGGGUGUCUCAGAGCUCGUACAACACUGCCGAUCACUGGAGACUUUAAGAUGCGGAGGAUGCCCGAGCAGUGAGUCCACUGCACGCAGAUCUUUGAGUAUAUUUAAGCCAAACUUGAGUAUUAUUGAAGGAGAAACAUGGGAAGAACUAGAUGCUACAGAGAUUGGUCAGGGUGCUCAAUCAAUGCGUUGGCUUGUGUGGCCACGCAUUGAUAAGGAUUCAUUGGAGAUGCUAUCCAUGGAGUGCCCAAGAAUAGUGGUAAAUCCCAAGCCCUCAUUUCUCACUUACAGUCUACACGAGGUUCCUCGAGAAGCGUUACCAGAUGUUGCACUCGAUGAGCCGUUUGUGAAAGAUAUCGAUCCUGAAACGUGGGUUGGUAGAGGAGUUGUGCAGAAUCUCACGUCCUCUCCACUAACCUUGACCUCCAAUGAGCUGCCAAUAGCAGAGAAGUUCAGACUAGCAUUUGCAGAGAGAGAUGCACGAUUGGCCCCUAAACGAGCAAAGAAUGCAAGGCAACAUCAACGUCGUGCUGAGAGGGAUUGGAUGAUGUCAAGUGACAAAGCCAAAGCAAUGGUUUUGGCAUCAAAGGCCACCAGAUCUUUGUACAAGAGUUAA